GAUACCUAAAUGGUAAAAGGUAUUAACUGUAUUAUUUCUUAACAUCGCUAAAUGACAAUUGACAGCCACAAUGACAGCUUUGGAGUCUGCGCUUAGAGACGUUGUAUUUACGUUUAAUUAGUUUUACUAUAAAAAUAAAUACAAUGCAGGUAAAAUGCCGCAUUGCGAUGCACGCUGGAACUAUCAUAUUAAUAAAAUUGCAUAAAGCAUCCUAGUUUUAGUUAUAAAUGUGUAGUAUAUGUGUUUUCAGUGAUUAUAUUAACGCAUUUCAUUGAAAUCGAAGUCUUGUUUAAAUCUAAAAUUAGGGCUUACAUGUAGGUCACACUCAUUUAAUGGGCCGAUCGUAAUGAAAUUAACAUAAUUAGAUAGUAAUGGCGGUACAAAAUAAAGUUUUGUACGCAUUUAGAGGCUGGAUAGCGUUUGUUGCUUUUAUGGAUUUAGGUACUGCCGGUCGCUCUUAUAUUGAGGGAAGAUCCUUUUUAAACAAUAAUGGUGAUGAGCAUUUGGAUGGUGACUUCACAAUAUCUAGAAUGCUUGGCAUGUACUCCGUUCUCAAAGCAUUAGCUUUAAUACAUUGCACACUCUACAUACAUUAUAGACCGGUGGUGUCUAUGGGUUACUGGUCGCUGACUCUCACGAUAAUACUGUACUUCAGCGAGGCGUUCUAUUUCCACUCAACAGAUCUCAACUUCUACGUAGUCUUCCCUUGCAUACUUAACAUUAUAACAUUAUUGGGUUUAAUUUACUUACCGACCAAGUUGAAACUGUUCGGUCAAAUACCUGGCACAUCAGGAAUGGACAGAGAAGUGGAAGAUGAGAACAUGCAGAUACUCAGACAGAUGGGCAACUUCCGUCGAAGGAAAACAGGCCACCACAAGAAUAAACAUGUCUGAUUGUGGUGUUGCCAGGGGAAAAUUGUGUGAGAGUUGCCAGUGUUCAAGUGUCACCGGAAAACAACAAGAUCCGCAAAUUGAUAAAUAUCCUAGGAAAUAGGUACGUUAGUUUAUAAAUUUACCACGAGACGUAGAUUUA